GCCACCGGCUCAGUCGCUGCGCAGUCUCGCCAUGGCUUGCUACAUCUACCAGUUGCCGUCCUGGGUGCUGGACGACCUGUGCCGCAAUAUCGACACGCUCAGUGAGUGGGACUGGAUGCAGUUCGCUUCCUAUGUGAUCACAGACCUGACACAGCUGAGGAAGAUCAAGUCCAUGGAGAGAGUCCAGGGAGUGAGCAUCACCCGGGAGCUGCUGUGGUGGUGGUCCAUGCGUCAGGCCACGGUCCAGCAGCUGGUGGACCUCCUGCGUCACCUGGAACUCUACCGAGCUGCCCAGAUUGUCCUGAGCUGGAAGCCGCCGGUUCCUGAGAGCACAUCUCCCCUCCCAACCUUCCCAGAGGCUGUGAAGCCAGGGCCUGGGCCUGUGGCUACUUCUAGAAGAAACCUCAAGUAUGAACAGGAGAAGGGCCAGCCUAUGAAGCCACACUCCUUUCUGGGUGCAGGGACCACCACGGCUGGGGCCCAGCAGCAGGCCUCAUGUCAGCAGCCAUGUGAGGGGGAUGCUCCUUGUUCUCUGAAACCUGACGUCCCUGUCUCUCCCCAGUCUAAGUGUGGCAGCACCUCCACGUCUGUCCCCAAACAGGAAAAGCUUUUGAGUUUGCCCGGAGGCAACUCCAGGCUUUUCUGGAGUGAAGCAGAUGUAGUCCAAGCAACUGAGGACUUUGACCAAAGCCACCGAAUCAGCGAGGGGACCUUUGCCGAUAUCUACCGGGGACAAAGGAACGGUGUGGCCUUUGCUUUCAAGAAGCUCAGGGAGGCGGCCGGCUCGAGUCCAGGGUCCAUGGACAGAUUCCUACAGGCAGAGAUGCAGCUCUGCCUCAGAUGCUGCCACCCCAACGUCCUACCUCUCCUGGGUUUCUGCACUGGAAGACAGUUCCACAGCCUCAUCUACCCCUACAUGGCAAAUGGCUCUCUGCAGGACAGACUCUGGGCUCAGGGAGACUCAGACAUGCUGCCCUGGCCACAGCGGGCCAGCAUCUGCUCAGGGCUUCUUCUAGCUGUGGAACAUCUCCAUAGCCUGGACAUCAUCCACAGCAACGUUAAGAGUGCCAAUGUUCUGCUGGACCAGCAUCUUAACCCCAAGCUGGCUCAUCCUGUAGCUCAUCCAUGUCCCGACAACAAAAAGACCAAAUAUACUGUAAUGAAGACUCACCUGUUCCAGGCCUCAGCUGCAUAUCUGCCUGAAAACUUCAUCAGAGUGGGGCAGCUGACCAAGCAAGUGGACAUCUUCAGCUGUGGAAUUGUAUUGGCCGAGGUCCUCACUGGCAUCCCUGCAGUGGACAAGGACCGCAGUCCAGUUUACCUGAAGGAUUUGCUUCUCAGGGAGAUUCCCAGCAGUACUUCCUCAGUCUGCUCCAGAAAGACAGGCAUGGAGAAGACGGUGGUGAAAGAGAUCUGCCGGAAGCACGUGGAGAGGAGGGCGGGGCUGCUGCCCGAGGCCUGUGAGGAAGCCUGGGCCACCGCUGUGAGUGUCUGCCUGCGGAGGCGCCAUGCCAGCGUGGAGGAGGCUCGCGUCUCCAUGGCUGGGGUGGAGGAGCGGCUCCGAGGGCAGCUGUCCCUUCCCUGGAGCAGGGUUUCUGAUGGCACAGGCUCAUCUUCCAAUACCCCAGAGGAAACGGAUGAUGUGGACAAUUCCAGCUUCAGCGUCCCCUCUUCUGUGAUGGCGGUGUCGUGCCCAAGGGUUGCCUCCUCUCCAUUCUCCAUGGGAAAUGGAACAGCACAGCCAUCUACCAGUGGGAGACAGGAGGCCAACUCCUCCUCAGAGGCUUGCACAGGCCCACAGCCACCCCAGGACGCUACAGAGACUUCAUGGAAAAUUGAGAUCAAUGACGCCAAAAGGAAACUGAUGGAGAACAUCCUACUCUAUAAAGAAGAGAAACUGGACAGCAUCGAGCUUUUUGGACCCUGAUGACCAGAGCACCGCUGAAGACCCUUAUUCUCGACUGGAUAGACAAAUGUUCAGGCAAGGAAGAGGUCUUUGGCUGCCCAAGGUCUGUUGAGACCCAUACAACCCAACAUCAGCCUGAACCGAAGGAAACGUGGUUUCAUCAGAGUUGAGUUGCAGGGAGGGGGUUAGGGGGACCUCAGCUUACACAGACACCAUAUCCAGGAAGCACUCCUCCUCUUUGACAUUUCUUAGUCAGAGGGCUAUGAAGUAGAACACCUUGUAUGUGACCCAAGGAUUUGGGUGGUUUUGUGAUUCCAGGGAGCCCAUGUUGAUGACCACCCCAAGAGAUGCUGUUGCCCCAAAAGCUCUUAGUUCUCCACAACAGACAGAGCAAUCCUGCAGCACCCGUGGUGUUUUUCAGAGUUAUCAUAUGUCAGUCAUAUUUGCAGACAGCUUUCUGCAAAUGCCCACUUUUUUUUUUUUUUUCCCAGAGACAAGGUUUCUCUGUGUGGCCCUGGCUAUCCUGGAACUCACUCUGUACACUAGGCUGGCCUUGAACUCAGAAAUCCUCCUGCCUCUGCCUCCCAAGUGCUGGAAUUAAAUUUCCACUUUUUAAAAGACCUUCAGUCGGUGUCUCCACAAUGCUGGACUCAUCUCUCAAGUUCAGGACUACAAGAGCAGGACAGUUGGCAAAGGACUCCGUAGGCUUUCUCCUUCUUCAGUUGGUGAUCCUGUAAGCCACUGGUAUUUAAGAACUGCCUGCUUUUCACCUUCAACCUUCCGUAACGCCCAUAUUUAUUUUAAUGGAGACUGGGAGGUUGUGUGGUAUUUAUAGCUAGGUGAAGAAGCAUGAGAAAUAGUCUCAUGCUUGAUUCUGCUGCUAGUUAAGUCAAUCACUGGGUGGUGGUAACUCAGUAUCCUUGUAAGAUAACCCUACUCUGUUCUCUUGGGGAAGAACAGAGCUCUUGGGAGGGAAGGUGCAGUGGCUACAGAAGCACUUUGAAAAUGUAUCUGUUCUGUGUUAUAAAUUAAGCAAAAGGUAUGUAGUACAUGUUUCUGCCAUAUAGAAAAUGUUUAUGAAGUGAAUAUAUUUUUGAAAAGUCAGGUUGCAAACGUUUUUGUAAAACAAAGGUAUUUCUAAUUCACUAUUUAAAAAGAAUUCCAUUAUAGUGACAAAAUAAAAAUGUUUAUAAUCUA